AUGUAUCGAAUGAAAGAGAAGAGACUCUUUUUCACGAAAAUGUGGAAACUUGUGGCUCUGUUAUUUUUAGUAAACCAUGUCUCCGGGAAGACUUUAAAAUACCAGAUUUACGAGGAGCAAAAAGUAGGCACAGUCAUUGCUAGACUCAGAGACGAUGUAGCGGAUAUUUUGGCCAAACUUCCGAGUUCUGUGUCUCUGCGCUUCCGAGCCAUGCAGAGGGGCACAUCGUCGCUGCUGACAGUCCGUGAGCAGGACGGAGAGAUCAGCAUCAGGACCAAGAUCGACCGCGAGAAACUCUGUGAAAAGAACCUAAACUGCUCAAUCCAGUUCGACGUGCUAACGCUGCCAACGGAGCACUUGCAGCUUUUUCAUGUUGAGGUGGAAGUACUGGACAUAAACGACAACGCGCCCCAGUUCGCUCGCCCUGUCAUUCCCAUUGAAAUCUCUGAAAGCGCGGCGGUGGGAGCGCGCAUUCCACUGGACAGCGCCACAGAUCCAGACGUAGGGGAGAACUCUCUGUACACGUACGCGUUAGAGCCAAACGAUUUUUUCAAGCUUGACAUUCAGUCCAGGAGUGACGGGGUUAAGUACGCGGAGCUUGUGGUGCUCAGGGAACUUGACCGAGAGGUGCGCUCCGGUUAUGAACUUCAGUACACGGCUUCUGACAGGGGCGUACCCCAAAGGACCGGCUCCACUCUCCUCAAAAUCAGCGUAACCGACUCAAACGACAACAGCCCAGUAUUUGAAAAGUCCUCCUAUGUCAUCAACCUGCCUGAAAACUCCCCGGUUGGCACUUUACUCAUUGACUUGAAUGCCACAGACGCAGACGAGGGCACCAAUGCUAAAAUAGUGUACUCUUUUAGCAGUCACGUGGCCCCCAAAAUCGUGGAGACGUUCAAAAUCAAUCCUGACACUGGUCACCUGACCCUGCUCCGGCGCGUGGACUAUGAGACGGCUAAUUCAUAUGACAUAGACGUCCAAGCGCAGGACAUGGGACCUAACUCAAUGCCCGCUCACUGCAAAAUCCUGGUCAAAGUUGUCGACGUGAACGACAAUAAACCAGACAUUAGCAUUAACCUCAUGUCCUCCCAGGGAAACGGGGACGCGGCUUACAUCUCCGAGGCUUCCCCUUUAGACACUUUUGUGGCUUUGGUGCGAGUGGAGGACUUGGACUCUGGCUCGAACGGAGAAGUGGAGUGCAAAUUACACGGCCAGGGCUAUUUUAAGCUGCAGAGGACGUACGAGAAUAAUUACAUUAUAUUAACUAACGUUUCACUAGACAGAGAGAAGAGAUCAGAGUUCAGCCUGACUGUGGUGGCAGAAGACAAAGGCACUCCAAGUCUCUCCACAAUUAAGCACUUCACCGUUCACGUGACUGAUGAAAACGACAACCCCCCACGUUUUGAGAAAGGUAGAUAUGAGAUCUUUAAGUCAGAAAACAACGCACCAGGGGCAUAUCUUACAUCUAUUAUGGCUACUGAUCCUGAUCUGGACAACAAUGGACAAGUUAGCUAUUCAAUCCUAGAAAACUCAGUUCAUGGGAGUCCUAUUUCCACCUAUGUCACCAUUGAUCCUUCUAACGGUGCCAUUUAUGCCCUGCGCACAUUUGACAGAGAGGAUGUUAGUCGUAUUUCUUUUGUGGUUCAAGCCAAAGAUUCAGGAAAGCCUCCACUGUCAAGCAACGCCACAGUGAUUUUGAACAUCCUGGAUGAGAAUGACAAUCCGCCAAUCAUUAGUGACAUGCAUGCCGACAUACGUGCGUCAAAGUUUACAGAGGCAGGGCAGUUAGUGACAGUGGUCAGAGCAACAGAUAGGGACACAGGAGUCAAUGCUGAACUCAUCUGCUCCAUUGUAAGUGGGAAUGAGGAGGGGUUCUUUCUUAUUGACCCAAGAACAUGUGAGAUCCAUGCCAAUGCCAGCUUGGAGAACUACCCUCAUGAACACGCCGAGCUGACAGUCGUGGUUCGGGAUCAAGGGAGUGAGAGUCUAAGUGCCAAAGCAGUUUUAAAAAUCACCCUUGAAAACAUAGAGAACCAUGUGCAGGUGAUGGACCAGGGAGAAUCGCCUCUGAAUGUAUCCCUCAUCAUCAUCAUAUCUCUUGGGGCCAUCUGUGCUGUGCUCCUUGUCAUCAUGGUUGUCUUUGCCACCCGUUGCAACCGGGAGAAGAAGGACACCAGAAACUCUUACAACUGCAGGGUGGCCGAAUCGACUCAUCAGCACCAUCCAAAGAAGCCCUCCCGCCAAAUCCACAAAAACGACAUCACUUUGGUCCCUACGGUGAACGGGACACUGCCAAUCCGAUCUCACCAUCGCUCACCCUCCACAACGCCCCCUAUGGACCGAGCGCAGAUGGGCAGCCGGCAGAACCACCACAGCCGCCAGUCCCUCAACAGCCUGGUGACCAUCUCGUCCAAUCACAUUCCAGAGAGCUUCGCCUUGGAGCUCACGCACGCCACUCCACCGGUAGAGCAAGUCUCACAGCUUCUGUCCAUGCUCCAUCAGGGCCAGUACCAGCCCAGACCCAGUUUCCGCGGCAACAAAUACUCCCGCAGCUACAGGUAUGCAUUACAAGACAUGGACAAGUUCAGCCUGAAGGACAGUGGCCGUGGGGACAGCGAGGCGGGGGACAGUGACUGUGAAAUGGGCCGAGAAUCCCCCGUGGACAGGCUGCUUCUGGGGGAGGGCUUUUCUGACCUCAUCCAUCUCGAGAUGCACCAUCGACUCCACCCAGCUAUGAGACUGUGCACAGAUGAAUGCCGUGUCCUAGGACACUCAGACCAGUGCUGGAUGCCCCCUCUGUCCUUACCCCAAUCCUCAUCUGACUACCGCAACAACAUGUACAUACCUGGGGAGGAAUCUACCCAGCAACCCCAACAGCAGACGGAUGAUGACCAGUCCUCUGUCGAUUCGGAGCGUCGUAAAAGUUUCUCUACUUUCGGGAAGGAGCCGGGCAGCGAGGAGGCCGUGGGUGGCGCUGUGGUGGGAGGAAGUGAUGUCGCAGGGGGCGGGGCUGGAUCCCUUCUCAAUGAGAUGAACAGUGUUUUCCAAAGGCUCCUCCCCCCAGAUUACGCAGAAUGCAAUGAAACCAGCCAGCCUGUGCCUCCUCCAGCUAGCGACAGGGUUGUGGCGCGAGCUAAUGCUAAUGCCAAUAACGCCGUACCCCAGGACAGUAGAAGGGGGUUGUUACCGGGCGGGAAAGGUGCAGCUUACCCUCCUGGUGUGGCGGCAUGGGCAGCUAAUACCCACUAUUUAAAUCCAGCGUCAAACAACCACAUUUCAAACACAUCGACAACUACAUCCACGUCCACGUCAACCUCCACAAAUGGGCAGCCCCCUCACCUCAAGUGGCUCCCGGCCAUGGAGGAAAUCCCCGAAAACUACGAGGAAGAUGAGUUUGAUGGAGUUUUUCAUCAGGGCGGCAAGAGGAAUGAGGGUCGCCAUGACACCAACGUGGACGCUAGCGAGUUGGUGCAUGAGAUUAACAAACUGCUGCAGGACGUCCGGCAGAACUAGAGACUUGUGUGGCUUCACUGUGUCAUAGUUGGACAUUUCACUACACUGCUUCUUUGUGCCAUCAAAUAUAGACUUUAUAAAGACUGUGGCCAGUUCAUGUUACAGCUUGUCCUAUUUGUUUGACCAAAUAUCUCCUUAUGCUAAGUGCUUGCUGAGAGACGUUUAGAUAAAACAAAGCACUGAAGUGUCUUGAAGGCAUCAAAGAGCGCAUUAAAAGAACAGAUUGUUAUUUUCCUUUUGGUUGCUCUUGAACUUUAGCUUGAAUGAGGGAUUUCAAAUAGAGAUCCACCAAACUGUACCCUAUCUUCAUUCAUGUUUACAGCUGAGUCCAUGGGAACAGUGGUCUAGUUUUUGCUUUUACAGUGUACAAUAUUGUACAGUGUUUGUGAAAACAGCAAAAAUCACUUGAAUAUUGUGCUCUGUUUCUGUUUUUGUUAUGAUGGAAUGUAACUGUACAAUUUGAACUUUGUAUUUUAAAAAUACACUCUUUUUUACUUCUAUAUAUUUAUAUGUGUCCAUGUAUGUUUGUACAGAAAGGAAGAAAACAAAUGUCUAUUUUUUAUAUUGUCACUGCAUGUCUUAAUCACUAAAUGUGUCUGUCGUCCAUUUUUCUGUUAUUUUAUAAAAAUCUGUAUUUAAUUUUGUUCCUGAAAGUGUGCGCGUGUACCAAAAUAUCACAUUCCAAUGCAGUUUCAUGUUGGAAUUUGACUUUUGUAUGGUAUUAUUGUGACCAGUGGCUGAAAAAUAA